AUGAAAACAGGAAUUGGUUGGGCACUAAGCUGGUUAGCCGGAGAGCGCCUAUUUAUUCGUUCGUUGACAGCGGCUCAGAAUCUGCUUUAUGUGCUGGCAUCGCUUCGAACGCGCCUGAACUGGGCCCUCGAUUGUCGUCACACUUACAACGAUGAGCUUUGCACGGAUUUGCUCCGAAGCAAUGUUUCGCACGGGGAUGCGCAACAUCAACCUGAUAACAACUGGCCGGCACAACAGUUCAACAGGUACCACGGACUUUUUCUUUUAUACCGUCUGGAUAAAUUGCUUUUAUUAUCGGAUAAAAGAGUUGGAUAUUAA